CCUUGUAUAACAGGACUUGCUCUUAUUAAUGAUAAUUACAAUAUUGCAAUCAAUUUAUUAAAAGAAAGGUAUGAUAACAAACAAUUGAUUAUAUCCUCUCAUAUGAGAACAUUAUUGUCGAUCGAAAAAGUUUAUAGCAUUAGAAAUUUAGUAGCUCUUCGUGCUAUUUAUGACAAAAUUGAAAUCCAGGUCAGAAGUUUAGAAAAUUUAGGAGUAGAUUCUAGGCAAUAUGGACCUCUUCUAAUACCAGUACUAAUGCAAAAAAUUCCUGAAGAUCUCGCUUUACUUAUAUCAAGAGAAUUUGUUAAUGUUGAUGAUUGCUGGAGUAUGAAGACUGUUUUGAACAUUUUAAAAAAGGAAAUUCAAGCUCGUGAAGGAAGUCAACUUAGUAAAGAUGAAGUUCAGCACUUUACUGCAGAAACAUUAUAUUCAAGUGGAAAUAUGAAACCACAAAAUAAGUUUAAAAAUUUUAAUGACUAUUUAAAAUGUAUUUUUUGUGAUAAAAAUCACAAAUCUCAAGAAUGUAUGACAAUUAUAAGUCUAGAGGACAAAAGAAGAAUCUUAAAGAACAAAAGGAGAUGUUUUAAAUGUCUAAAGAUUAGACAUCUCUCAAAGGAUUGCAAUACGAAAAUGAAGUGUUUCUACUGUUCCAAUUUUUAUCAUGCUGCAAUGUGCAUAAAUAAAAUAGCAAAUAAGAAAAUAGAUAUACAAGAAAAUUGUUCGUCUUCAUUAGCUUCAUUAUCAAAGUGUAAUAACUCAGUCUUAUUGCAAACAGCCAGAGUCAAUGUAACUGCUAAUAAUAUUAAUCAACCUGCUCGUAUAUUGUUUGAUAGCUGCUCACAACUUAGUUACAUCUCACCAUCAUUGCGAAGUAAACUUAAUUUAAAAACGUUAGACUCGAAGAGAAUCGUUAUUAAUACUUUUGGAAAUCAGAGUGAAACAGAAGUGCUGGAAAGGGUUCAAUUUACUGUUAAAGAUUUAGUUCCUGAUUGCUAUGCAGCAAGUGCCAUUCGUGGAAUUAUAAGAUUUUUUGCGCGGCGAGGGGUGCCUUCAGAGAUAGUAUCAGACAACGGCACACAGUUUACAUCCAAAGAAACACAAGCAUUCGUUGCAUCUAUGGCAAUCAAAUGGCGAUUUAAUGUAGCAGCGGCUCCCUGGUGGGGCGGAAUAUUUGAAAGACUCGUUAGGUCUACAAAACGCUGUUUAAAAAAGAUAUUAUCUAAUUCAAAAAUAACAUAUGAAGAAUUGUUAACCGUACUUCUUAAAGUAGAAUGUGUUAUUAACAAUAGGCCUUUAACGUUCAGUUAUGAAGAGCCAGGAGAUGAGGUGGUAACACCAAAUCAUUUAGUUUUUUGGAGAAUGUUGAAUUUGGAAGUCAUUCCUGAAUCAUCAUCAAAUGAUUAUAAUAUAGAUACAAAUCAACGUAAUAAGCAUCUUUACAUGUUGUUAACGCAUUUCCAAUCAAGAUGGAAAGACGAAUACUUAAAGAAUCUGCGCGAAGAUCAUAAAUCUUCCAAAGUUAAAGGUUCAGCUAUAAUUAAGGAGGGCGAUGUUGUGUUAAUUGACGAUUCCCUUAAAUCACGUAUACUUUUGAAGGUUGGCAUAGUUGAAGACAUCAAAUACUCAAAAAACAAUGAGAUAAGAAGUGCAAUAGUGAUAUAUAUACAUAAUAAUACCUGUCAGCGAGUUAACAGAACUGUAAAUAAGCUAUACCCAUUGAAUAUGGUAAAGAACAAAUAAACAAACUGAAUAUACAAUUUGUAGACGAAGGACUAGUUCCGCUCUAUGUAGACGGCUCUUUGUCGGGGGGAGUGUUGCGAUAGCGCUAAAUGUCUAUCGCGUGUUAUAUAUAUAUAUAUAUAAUUAGUAUAUAUAUAUAUAUAUAUAUAUAUAUAUAUAUAUAUAUAUAUAUAUAUAUAUAUAUAUAAUUAGUUUUAUACGUGCUCUUAUUUGUGUCACGUGAUCGCCAUGCGAUCUGUAAAAAUAGUUGAGUUGCAUGCUUGUAGUUACACGCUUGUAGUUGCUAGUUAUAGUCAUUGCUCGCUUCUUAAUGUAUAAUAUAUAA